GAGUGGCUGCAAAGCGUCCCUGAGCUGCUGAAGACCUCUGGCGAAAUGGUCAACACCUCUGAGGGCGCACCGAUCCCUCGCCUCAGCUGCGAGGAGACGACCUCCUACCGACUUACUUCACGUCACCCCGCCCGUCUGCCAGCCGUCUCCUCCCUAAAAGCUCCGCCGCGACCAUCCCUUUGAGCGACUCAGAGAGGGAGACACACUGAGGGAGGCAGAGGAGGGGAAGAAAGUGAGAGAGACCAAAUACAUGCAGACUCCCAACAUCACCUAGACUACCUGCUCCGGCACAAAACAAGGGGAGGAGGACGCACAAGUGCAGGCGCGUCCAUGCGUGCCAGCCGAGCGAGACAGUAAGCGCGCAACAUUGGACCUCAGAAGAACUGGAAUAAGAGUUUACGCGGAGAACUCUUUUGACAAGAGCACAGCUUGAAGCCUAAAUGAGCGCAACACUGUAAGAAGAGUCAUGCAUCUCAACAGAGAAGAAGACAACAGCAAAGGCUCAGUGUCUCUCAGUGUUUUCCUGGUGUCUGUUGCGUUUGUCAUAUGUGCCGUUUGGCUGGUUGCUCUCUGUGGCGUCUGCACCUGGUGUCAACGUAAACUGGGGAAGAGGAAUAAGCCCUGGGUGGAGGCUGCAAGCUCUCCAGAGUCUGUGCGAGGUCGAGGGGAAAAUAAAGCCAUCAAUGAUCUAGACAGAGACUUUUGGAAUAACAAUGACAGCAGCAAUGUGCAACAGAGAUGGAGCUCCUACCCGCCCAAGGAGUUCCUCUUAAACAUGUCUCCCUAUGCCCCGUACGGAGACCCUCGCCUCACACCCAAUGGGGCCGCGGAUAAGGGUGGGCAGGGCGGUGCUGGACCCUCACUGGGGGCCAGCGACAGUGGGGGUGCUUGCUCUGGGACUGGGGCGGGGCCCAGUCGCAGUGACAGCGUUCGAAGCAUGGUGACGGGGGGCAGCAAGGCCGGGCCCUGGCAGACGAUCCAGAGCCACAUGCAUGCCGGAGGCCUGCGGUUUAGCAAUUUCGGGGAUGCCUCCCUCUCAUCUGCGUCCACCUUGGAGCACAUCCCAUCCUCGGCCGUGGCACGGCCUCGGCCCCUCGUCCGGCAGCAGAGCCUCCAACAGCCCCUCACUCACCACCCCCCUCCGGGUCCCAACGACCCCCCAGUCACAUCACAGAGCCUGGGCCAGCUUCACACGGGCCCAGGCGGCGGAGGCCACCGUGGGGGCCCGCGGGGGGUCCGGGGGAGUCCGGCUGGAGCCUCCCGGCACAGAGGAGGAGGAGGGGCAGGCCGGUCAAGGUCCAAUCCAGGCAGCUGGGAUCACAUGAUGGAGCAGAUCCGGAACAGAGGGCUGGACGUCAAGUCGUUCUUCGAGGGGAAGAUGGUUGUUCUGUCUCUAGCUAUCGGGCUGGCUGAACAGGAUGACUUUGCCAACCUCCCAGAUCUACAGGAAGCGCCAGACAGCAAAGAAAAUGAAACCACACCAGAAAAGAGGACUCCAGGUAACAAACCAGGCAGUAGCCCCAGAGGUCAAACCCCAGAUGAGAGCGGACGCCGCCACGAUGCCAACUCCUCUGUGUCUGACUUGGCCAACUCAGUCACCAGUGACAUGCUCAUGUUGUCUCCAGGUUCCGAGGAAGACGACCACGAGGGUCCAGUGUGUGAAAAGCUGGGUCGUAUUCAGUUCAGCGUUGGGUACAGUUUUCAGGACUCCACCCUCACCGUCAAGAUCCUGAAGGGCCAGGAUUUGCCUGCAAAGGAUUUUUCCGGCACCUCUGACCCAUUUGUCAAACUCUACCUGCUGCCGGACAAGAAGCACAAACUGGAGACCAAAGUGAAGAGGAAGAAUCUAAACCCCCACUGGAAUGAAACCUUCUUGUUUGAAGGGUUCCCCUAUGAGAAGGUGGUCCAGAGGACUCUAUACCUGCAGGUUCUGGACUACGACCGCUUCAGCCGGAAUGACCCCAUAGGAGAGGUGUCCAUUCCCCUCAACAAGCUGGACCUGGCCAACAUGCAGACGUUCUGGAAGGAGCUGAACCCAUGUAGUGAUGGCAGCGGGAGUCGAGGGGAUCUGCUGGUGUCUCUGUGCUACAACCCCACAGCCAACAUCAUCACUGUGAGCAUCAUCAAAGCCCGCAACCUCAAAGCCAUGGACAUCGGAGGCACUUCUGACCCUUAUGUAAAAGUGUGGUUGAUGAACAAGGACAAGCGCGUGGAAAAGAAGAAGACAGUGGUAAUGAAGCGCUGUCUGAACCCUGUGUUCGACGAGUCCUUCCCCUUUGAUGUGCCUGCCCACGUGCUGAGGGAGACCACCAUAAUUAUAACCGUCAUGGACAAGGACAGGCUCAGUCGCAAUGAUGUCAUUGGAAAGAUCUAUCUUUCGUGGAAAAGUGGCCCCGCAGAGGUAAAGCACUGGAAGGACAUGAUGGGUCACCCUCGCACCGCUGUGGCUCAGUGGCACGCUCUCAAGGCCUGAGGGACCCAGCGACCAAACCUGCCUACAGUGUUUUUCCCCCCUCAGAAUUCAGCAUCCGCCACCAACCCCCCGCCCUCAGCACAUAUCCCCUACUCUCUAACUGUGGUCUCAGACUGCAGAAACUGUGUGUCAUCUCUUUGUUCUCAGGCCUCUUUGAUAUGUCCCCUCGUGACAUCAUCCUUAAACUUCACCCUUGUCCAACUCUGAUUCCCACCUCACCCCCUUUUAUCCAUUUGUCUGAACUUAAAAAUGCCUGUGAUGUCUUGACACACUUCUUCCUUUGUGCCCUUCUUUUUAAGACGAGUCUUUCCUCCACCUUGUCAAACAUUCUCAGUGUUCUACAUCCGAGCAGUAGCCUACCUCUUGCCACCCAUGACCAAAAACGGAUCUGACUGAUAUUCCAGCUAUCCUCUAUGGCGGCAAGGCGGCCUGCUUCAAACAUGCACCUGAGUGUGGAUGGCGCUACAUCGGGUGUUGCGGUGAGGAAUCUUCCACUCUGCUCCUCACCUCUUUAUUCAAGUCCUCUUCAGUUGCAGUCACUUUUUCUUACAUCAGGAAAACCGACAAAGGCAAUGGAAGAGUGAUGCCCUGUAUUUAAAAAUGGAACUGGACCCUGUCACUCAACCCAUGUUUGAUCUUUUUCACAUUCCACUCUUUCUCUGGCACCCUUGUAAUAAUUAUCCCUUGGCUGGAACCCUUCGUCGUCUGUGCGUGCUGUGGGUGAUGUGCUGUAACCCCAAAUGAAGAUCUCCAAAUAAAAAAAAAGGACAAGAACAAGAUAAUUAAACACUGCUCCUGGAGGAUGAGUGUAAAAAAAAAAUAAUAAUACAUUCUUUCCUAUUUUCUUGGAAAAGAAAACCAGAUGGACAGAAAAAAAGAGUAAAGUGAUUAAUGUUGUGAUUUAUUUUUUGGUUUUUCAAAAAAGAACGUAGAAAAUCAACUUGUUCUUCCAGACUGAAAAUAAGCAAAAAGCCAGCUUCCGUAAGUGUGUGUGUGUAUGUGUGUGUGUGUUAGGGUGUGUGUGUUAGAGUGUGUGUGUGCGUGCGUGUGUGCAUGUGUACAUGCGUGUGUGCAAGUUUGGACUUGCACAGCUAAAUUAAAGAUAUUGUUAAAAAUAUGCCCUUGAUAAUGAUGGUGAACAUAAAGUAUUGUUAGAGCUUGUGGUGUUGAUCUUAGCUGAAGACAUGGGGAGGUCACAAGUUGAAAGAGUCCGUCCACCCAAUAUAAAUUAUUUAAAGGAACCCAGAACCAGAAAGAUAUCGUUAUGUAUAUGUCGUGUGUUUGAUCCCCUGAAAUCACUGCUGCCACUUCAAAUACAAAGGAAAUCUAAAGGAUGUCAUUGUGGUACUCAUCCUCAUUUUCAAUUGGACUAGAAUAAUAAGAAAACUACUUCCAAAAUCCAAUUCCAUCCAACCUAAGUAACCAGGGUAUUUUUCAAAUAUAUAUAAAUUUAUUUUAAAUAUAUCUCAUAUUGAAAAUUAAGUUUUUAUUAUUAUUUGAGCACAUUUCUAGCUUUUUCAAAAGGAAAAAGCCCCGAAGUGGGCCUUGAUUUUUUUUUUUUUAACCUCAAUUUUCGAGGUUAGGAAUGAAUACAGAGUUUAGUUAAAUAAAUGGAGGUGGUAAAUGACUUUGCUCAGGGUUGAUACAUUAAAAAAAUCAAAAGUAGAUGGAAAAAAGAGAUGACUUUCCCUGUCACCCACUCUACAAAGUGUCCAACAGAUUCAUUAUGAGUAUUUACCAUGGAAUAGACGCCUCCGUUUCUUCGUUGUUACAGAGCACUAAGAGUCCAUGGGAGUUUUGAGUUGAUCACAGGUCUCUAUGCCAGUUGUUUGCAUCACUGCCUGAAUGUGACCUCCCCCCCACCGAGUCCCAUAUAGACACGUGUUAGGAGGAUGAAUGAAAACAAAAUGAACGAAAUAAUAACUGGGAGAAAAAUCUUUUUACAUUCCACUGAUUGUUUUUUUUGUCUACUGGCUGUGUGCAUGUGUGUGUCUGGGUGGGUGUCAAUAUUUGAACUUGAGUUUAUAUGUGUGAUUGUAUUUAUUGUGAGUCCCUCUGUGUGUUUAUCUGCACUGAGUUCUAUUUUGUCGGUUUAAUACAGAACAACAUUGUUUACCGUUUUUAUUCUGUAUGAAACAAUCCAGAUGUACAAAGAAAUAAGUUUGUCAAUUCUUUAAGAAUCACUACACUUGUCGAUGACGAUGCUGGAACAAACCUCUCUUCAUAGCAGGGUCACUGCUCAUGUGUGGUUUUUUAAAAGGCCGUUUGGUUUGAGGGGAAUUUGUUAUACAUGCACUUAGAAUGAAUCUUAAACCAGCUUUGCAACAACCCCGGAUUAAAGCCUGUUUUCUUUGACUGCCAUACACCAGAUUUUUUACAGAAGCAGCCACUGACAUUUUGUGCGAUCUGUGCUUUCUAUCUGAUCAUCCAGGCCAAAAUAACGAAGGGUGGGUCCCUCACAUCGCAGCUGACGUCCCCAAACACCCCUGUCGUGCACACAUGCUUUCUGGCACAAAGUGUUCUGUGUGUGCCUUAUAAACCCUGCCACGCCUUGCUCCUCACCAUAUGUGCCCCCUCUCCGAGUGUCAGGGAGGGGGGAGAGAGAAAAAAGAAGGUGACAGGAGAUAAUCAUCACCUCUUGCAUCACUGUUAGCUACAUCUCAGGUCAGAGCCAAGCAUUGGAGCAUCCCAAAAUAACCAGGAACACGGUCGUCUGUCUGUGCUGAUGGCCCUGUGUGUUAAACAAGGCAUUACUGAGAGUGCUGCUGACAAAGCAUUACAUUCCAAAGGCUUAAUGAAAGUCACCUCAAGCAAUGCAACUUGAAUAUUGCUUAAAUAUCCAGUCAGGGUUCGGUAUGUUUUAGUUCUAAGGAAUGCAACUAGAAUCAUCUUUCUACACAUCACUGGCCAAACACUGGUAAAUUUUAGCGGACAAGCUUGUAUUUCUGAUUUUGGGCACUCUGCUUGAGACAAAGAGAGGUUAACCAGCAACAUUUUAAUUUAUAUACUGUACAAAUGAUUGUGAAGUGUCCUGUAUGAAAAAAAGAGAAAAAAGAAUCAGUAUUUACUGGGGAUGUUGAUAUCUGUCUGUCCUUGGUAUGACUCAGUCCCUUCUUUCACUCCCUUUUCUCUUUGUAGUCACACAUCUGUGGAGUGCACAAUGUUAAAUAUCGACCAUUUAUUUUUUGAACUCUGUACAGUGUAUAUAAUAUAAAUGUGUAUAUAAAACAAAAAUGCUCCUGG